AUGAAGCUCCUUCCAUUCGUCUCAGCAUCUGUUGUUCUUGCUGCUGGUCUUGCAAGGGCACAGGUUGAUUACAACCCCUAUGAUUCGCGAGACCUCACUGAGGACGCGCUCUUCGAAGCCCGCGACUUCGACGACAUCGGUGCCUACGAGGCCCGCGACUUUGGCGACUUCGACGAAUACGCUGCUCGGGACUUUGAUGACGAGGGCGUCGCCGCCCGGGACCUCAAUGACUACGUCGACUACGCUCUCCGGGAUGUUCUCGACCAAGAGAUUGACCACGCCCUCCGAGAGCUGGACGACGACUUUGCCGCUCGUGAAUACGAGCCGGUGGAGUUCGAAGCGCGUGAAGUCGACUCUUUCGACUACGAGGCCCGCGAGUUUGGCGAAUCUGACGAUCUCUCCUUGCGUUCUACCGUCCUCGAGCGGUUCAGCACUAGGGAGUUGGUCGAUGAACUCAACGCCCGCCUGAAAGAGAUCGAAGAGAAGAGGGAGGCCGAGGUUCCCUCUGGCAGGAGGCGAAAGGCCAGGGCCAGGGCUGGAUCUAGGCACGACCUCCCUUCUGGCCUCACUCCAAGCCAGCGCCGCAGGCUCAUCAAGCAAAGGAGGAGGGCUCAACGCGAGAAGGAGCGGACCAGGAGGCUCUUGGAACAGAAGAUGGAGGAGAUCAAGACGAACGCGAAGAAGAGGAGGAGACGCCACUCUAAGGGCAAGCCCGACCCCGCCGAGCGGCCCGCGGCUGCGAAGCCCGCAGAGAAGAAAGCGGGCGAGGCGGCUGAGAAGGACACGAAGAAGGCGGAGAUCAGUAAGCCCAAGCGAGAUGAGCCGCAGGUGAAGAAGGACACGGGUUCUCCAGCCGACAGGCCCACAGCGAAGGCCUCCCCCGCCUCCUCCGAAAAGAAAGCCGCUGACAACAAUGCAAAACCUGCCGCUGCUGGUGAAAAGGAGGAGCCCAAGCCCGCACAGCAGUAG